GAUAGAAUUAGUGGCAUCUCAGUCUCAUUUCUGAGAGAGAGAGAGAGGAGAGAGAGAGAGAGAGACCACCACCAUCAUCAAUGGCGCCGGAGAAACCCAGAGUGAGUCGUAACCCAGAUCUGAUCAGGGGUGUGGGCAAGUACUCACGCUCCAAGAUGUACCACAAGAGGGGUCUGUGGGCAAUCAAGGCCAAAAACGGUGGGGUCUUCCCUCGCCACGACAAGAAGCCCGCCGCGCCCACCCCCGCCGAGAAGCCCCCGAAGUUCUACCCCGCCGACGAUGUCAAGAUACCCCUAGUCAACAAGCGCAAACACAAACCCACCAAGCUCAGAGCUAGUAUUACUCCGGGGACAGUGCUGAUUAUACUGGCUGGGCGGUUCAAAGGGAAGAGAGUGGUGUUCUUGAAGCAGCUUUCUUCCGGGUUGCUUUUGGUUACAGGACCAUUCAAGAUUAAUGGUGUUCCUUUAAGACGUGUGAAUCAAUCUUAUGUGAUUGGUACUUCUACCAAGGUUGACAUCUCAGGGGUGAAUGUGGACAAGUUUGAUGACAAGUACUUUGCAAAGCAAGCUGAGAAGAAAAAGAAGAAAGGAGAAGGGGAGUUCUUUGAGGCAGACAAAGAGGAGAAGAAUGUACUCCCAACGGAGAAGAAGGAUGAUCAGAAAGCUGUGGAUGCAUCAUUGGUCAAAUCUAUUGAGGGGGUUUUAGACCUUAAGACUUACUUGGCUGCAAGGUUUUCACUCAAGGCAGGCAUGAAACCUCAUGAGCUUGUCUUUUAGAGGAAGCGCUUUGGAUAUUGUUAGGCCUGAUUUUGUUUUCUGUUUUGAAGUUUUGUUUUGUUUGAACAACGUUGUGGCAGUUGUACUCUAUUGAUUUCUAAACAUCAUAUGAUUUACAUCAUUUAGGCAAUGCAAUGUGAACAGGAUAUUCAUGGUAUCCUUUCUUCUCUGCGAAUACUCUGGAUCUAUGAUUUUCCCCAUAUAUAAUAUUCUUGAUCUUCAUUUAA